UGCCAGCGCCAUGGGCUCCAGGCAGAUCGCCCAGGAGACGUUUGACGAUGCCGUGCAGGAGAACAUCACCGAGUUCGAGAUGGAGCCCGAGGAGGCCGUGAGGGAGGCCGUGCAGCAGUUCGAGGCCCAAGGUGUGGACCUGAGCAAUAUUGUGAAAGCUGUGAGACCUGUCUCUGAGAACGGGCAGAGGCAAAAGCAUCAGAUCCUGCUGACGCUGGAGAGCCUGGGCAGAGCGGUGGCGGAGCAGGACGCGGCCCGGCUGCGCGAGCAGCUGUCGUCCCUGGCGGCGCAGUGCAAGGAGCAGCCGGCCUCCCGCUGCCUGGCCGGCCGCAGCGGCGCCUACGCCGCCGUGCUGUCCGCCUGCCGGCUGGCUGCAGAGGACAGGGACCUGCUGCUGCGGGCCCUCUCGGCGCUGGCCGCCCUGCUGGACGGGCAGCCGGACCUGCUGGACGCCGCGGGGCGGGAGCUGCUGCUGCGGAGCCUGCGGGAGCGGCGCGACGACGCCGAGGCCACGCUGGCCGCCGUGCGCUGCGUGCGCCGCGCCUGCCUCAAGCACGAGCGCAACCGGCAGGCCUUUGUCAAGGGCGGCGUCCUGCCCGUCCUCACCGGAGCCAUCGCCCGGCACGGCGGCAGCGCCGAGCUGGUCGGCACGGCGGCCUCGGCCCUCCGCGUCAUGACGUUCGACGACGACAUCCGCGUGCCCUUCGGUCACGCCCACGACCACGCCAAGAUGAUCGUCUUGGAGAACGAUGGCUUGAGAGUCCUCAUUGAGGCUGCCAAAGCCUUCACGGAUAACUCUGGGGUUCUCAGCGAGCUCUGCGCCACGCUGUCUCGCCUCUCGGUCAGGAACGAGUUCUGCCAGGAGAUCGUGGACCUGGGGGGGUUAAACUUCAUGGUGACUCUGCUGGCUGACUGCAUGGAGCACCCGGACGUGGUGAAGCAGGUGCUGGGUGCCAUCCGCGCCGUGGCCGGCAACGACGACGUCAAAGACGCCAUCGUGGACGCCGGGGCCACCGAGCUGAUCGUGCUGGCCAUCAGCCAGCACCUGGGCAACCCUCAGAUCUGCGAGCAGGGCUGCGCCGCCCUGGGCGUGCUGGCCCUGCGCAAGCCCGACAACUGCGGCGUCAUCGUGGAGGGCGGCGGGGCCGCGGCAGCUCUGCGGGCCAUGAAGGCUCACCCGCGGGAGGUGGCCGUGCAGAAGCAGGCCUGCAUGCUGAUCCGGAACCUGGUGUCGCGCAGCCGGGAGCUCUGCGGGCCCAUCCUGGCGCUGGGCGCCGAGGCGCUGAUCGCCGAGGCGCGCGCCGCGCACCGCGACUGCGACGACGUGGCCAGGGCUGCCCUGCGGGACCUGGGCUGCCAGGUGGAGCUGCGGGAGCUCUGGACGGGCCAGAGGGGCGGCCUGGCCCAGUGAAGCCUCCCGGGAGCAGGCAGGGAAGAUCCAAAGCGUCGGAGCCCCCGGAGCCCGGCGGGACGCGGCGCGGACGGUUCUGCUCGAGCCCCGCUGGAACACCGGAGCAAACCCAGCCUUGGGAGGCCGCAGGGAACUUUGAUCAGGGGAGCUACACCUGAAGUGGCUUUCUGCAUUCCCAGCCUGCAAAUCGGCUCUGUGUGGUGAUGGCUGCCCGGAUCAUCUCGUGGCUGAAGGUGAUCUGCUCCCCCCGGCGCAUGGGACGGGGCUGCUGUCACUGCUCCGACCCCGCGGUGACAGCAGGGCUGGCUCUGUCCUGGCUGCUGGCUCCCGUUUGUGCCCCUGCUCGGGGGCUGGAGGAGGAAUCGCAGCGUUUGUGGAUGUGCUCUCUCUGUCCUUGGCCCCGUUCUUUCACUGCUGACCCCACUCCUGUGUCGCUGCUUUGUUUGGGAUUUUUCCGCCAGCGUAACGUUUUAAACAAAAACAAAAAAACCCAAAAAAAAGGAAAGGAAAAAAAAAAGCAAAGAAAGAUUUGGGAUAACAUCCAAAGGAACUGUUGGCAUCCAGGAGGAAAGUUCAUGUGCUCCCUCAGAGGAGCAGGGCAGUGGGGGUGGGAGUUCCAAAGUGCGCUGUGCCGCUGGGAAGGCCGGGCUUUGUCCCCUCUCAGCACUGCCCUGGAUCCAGCAGCGCUUUCACUGCACUGAGCAGCCAAGAGCCCGGUGGGCUGGGGCACAACUGUGCAUUUGUGGGCCACAAAGGCUCUGAAGGCUUAGCCAAAGGCCUUGGUGCCAGCCCUGCCCUGGUGCUGAGCCCUCCUGCGCCGCUGCCAGUUUUGUGAGUGGAUGUUUUAAUGUGGUUCUCUCUGUAGAAAUGGUGACCUUAUAAAACACUCCAACCGUCCAGGCCUGCGUG